AUUAAAUGUCAAAUAUCUUAUGUCCACAGUCAAAAUUUUAUAUUAACUGACUACAAUUCGUUUUUAAUUUAGAGAAAGUUUGUAAAACAUUCUCGCGACCUCUAAUUUAUGAAAUAAUCAGCAAUUUAAUGAAUGGUGUUACCGAUGGUUAUGGAAAAUUCUACCUUGAAUAGGGCACACCAGGAACAGCGUAAGGCAGAGGCAUUAUUAUGUCACAAAAAAUUCGAUGAGUGCAUCGAAUGUCACAGAAACGCCAUCGAUUUGUUGUCGCAAACUUGUAAAUUAACGGAAAAUAUAAGAGCGUUGGAAUCACUAAAUUUGCAGAAGGAAUACCAUCAGAAACAAAUAAAGUUUGUGAACUUGAAGAGAGCACAACAGGAAUAUUAUAUAAAGUCGUUAGAGGAUCAGAGAAGAAAGAUAUCCGCUCGGAAUAUGGAAGGGCAGGACGGAGAAAACUUGGAAGCUGUAUUUUAUAGGACGUUUCAAGUGCACGAUUCUCUCAUAGAAUAUCUUGGUAAACGUGGUACUGGUAGCGAUAACGACAGCUUAAAAUCGACAAGCGACACUGAAGAAAAAUCCGAAAGAGCUCAAAUAGUAGGCAACAAACAUCCCAAAGAUGAAUCUCAGAUGAUCGAGGAAUUAAAAGUACUCAGUGGGCAACUAAGAAGUACCGUUCAGUGUCUCUUGGCGGAACUAGACGAUCGUAAUAAAGAAAUUGAAAAAUUGAAAGAAAGGAUCACUGUUCUAGAGAGUGAAAAAGAAAAAGCUCAAUCAAAAAAUAAUUCAAGUCUAAAAGUCGUGACGGACUCUUCCGGGGCCACGUCUCCGUACGUAUUUUCACCGAGUAGCGAAUUAAGCCCGGAUGUUAUACACGAGACCACAGCAUUGCCCUCGUUAGCACCCCUCGAGAUGCCAAAUUUCGAUUUUUUAAAUCAUAUUCACAACAGUUACAAUAGCAGUAAAAAGUAAUUUAUUAAUCAUUUAGUGGAAGCGAACUUUUUACUGUUGCGAUUCGUGACACUUUUUGAGCCUUUUUUCACAAAUUGGAAAGUACCUGAUUUCCAAAUGAACAUAUUUUUGUAUGAAACGUGAGGCUGUAUCAAUUGGAAUUUCGAUUUGAAAGCUAUUUAACUGCGCAAUUAGGUUUCCCUAGCGAUGGUUUAAUUUUGUCAAUGGUUAUUUCACAUUAUCCGUUUUACAAUUGAAAACCACAUUCGAAUAAAGUCCCAGUGCAAUUUAAAAAAAUAAUAAUAAUUUCGUGUUAUUGAACACGAUAUAUUUGAUUUGAAAAUAAGUAUUCUUAUACGAGGUUUGAUAAAAAAAUAACGGGAAUUGUUAAUUUUUUCGGAAAGUAUUUAUAAUCCUCAAUUUUUAUCCGAUCGCCUUCAAAGUGUGAUUAUACACUUGUCAUCAUAAUUUCCAGUUUGGAAAACAUCGGUAGUACGCCUCUUUACGUAUCGUCUUGAGCAUGGUUUGCGAUUUUGCCUUUAUCUCGUCUAUUCUUGAAAAACGUCCUUUGAGUGUCAUUUUGCGUUUCGGAAAUAGGAAAAAGUCAUGUUGGAGAAUAGGGUGGUUGCGGCAUCACAACAUUGUUGUGUUUCGCCAAGAAUUGUUGGAUAAGCAAAUGCACCCGUUUCUUUGUCGUGGUGAAAAAUCCACAAGAUGUCUCUCGCAUUCGUUUCGUUUUUUCCUUAUUACUUCUCGCAGACUGUGCAAAACUCAUAGGUAGGACUCCUUGUUAAGUAUACAACCGGGGCAAUAAAAAUUCAUGAACGAUUCUGUUGUAAUCGAAGAAAACGGUUAAAAGGGCCAGAUCUCGCCUCAUCUUCGAUGUCUUCUUGGUGGCUGUGGCAGUAUCGUUACCAAAGGCCUCUUUUAACAUUUUGAACGUUUCACUGCACUUAAUUCCGCUUCUAACAAAAGAUCAGACAAAAUCUCCGUUACGCCAUGUCGCCACACAAAAAAUCGCAAGAAUGCUGAGGUAAGUCAUACUCAUUCACUUGCGUACACAAACUAAACGUGGCAGCUGCCUAAAAAUUGGCAGGUACUUCAAUGACAAUGCUACAAAAAAAAUCGACUUGAUAGACAAGAUAAGAUACAACACCCGUAAUUUGAAAGCUCCCGUUAGUUUUUGGUCAAACCUCGUACCUAACAAAUAGUAUAGCAUAUUCCUCUUUUCAGUUGAAAUAGCUUCAUGUUUAAUUGUUUCUUUUUUUAAUAUACAAGGUAUGCUGAUUUAUGGAUAUACAGAAUUAAAACGUGUUAAGAUUUUUUUCGAUAAAAAUUUUAUUGGCACACACAGUUUGUGUAAAUAUGAAUUAAUGCACAAAUAACAGACU